CCGCGCGCCUCCCGGAAGUGUCCGCCCGCAUCCUCACCGGCCGGGGCCAGGCGCCGGGCGAGCCGGUGGGAUUCCGGGCGGGAGUGAGGGUCCGAUGCCGGGAAGCGGAGCCCGACAUGGCUUCGGCGGGAGGCGGCGACCGCGAGGGCGCCGUGCCGGACGCCGACCGUCCGCACCAGCGGCCCUUCCUGAUCGGCGUGAGCGGCGGCACGGCGAGCGGGAAGUCCACCGUGUGUGAGAAGAUCAUGGAGCUGCUGGGCCAGAACGAGGUGGACCACCGGCAGCGCAAGCUGGUCAUCCUGAGCCAGGACCGCUUCUACAAGGUGCUGACCGCCGAGCAGAAGGCCAAGGCGCUCAAGGGGCAGUACAACUUCGACCACCCAGAUGCCUUUGACAAUGAUUUGAUGCACAGGACCCUGAGAAACAUUGUGGAGGGCAAGACUGUGGAGGUGCCCACCUAUGACUUUGUGACCCACUCGAGGCUGCCGGAGACCACGGUGGUGUACCCUGCGGACGUGGUGCUGUUCGAGGGUAUCUUGGUGUUCUACAGCCAGGAGCUGCGGGACAUGUUCCACCUGCGCCUGUUUGUGGAUACGGACUCGGACGUGCGGCUCUCCCGGAGAGUCCUCCGAGAUGUGCAGCGCGGGCGGGACCUGGAGCAGAUCCUGACACAGUACACCACCUUCGUGAAGCCAGCCUUCGAGGAGUUCUGUCUGCCGACAAAGAAGUAUGCGGACGUGAUCAUCCCACGCGGGGUCGACAACAUGGUGGCCAUCAACCUGAUUGUGCAGCACAUCCAGGACAUUCUCAAUGGUGACAUCUGCAAAUGGCACCGAGGGGCCAACGGGAAGAGUCACAAGAGGGCCUUUUCCGAACCGGAAGAGCAUCCCGGGGUGCUGACCUCAGGCAAACGCUCGCACCUGGAAUCCAGCAGCAGGCCCCACUGAGUGGCCACCCGCCUGCUUGCCGCUCUGGUGGCUGGGCCCAAAAUGCACCUGCCUUGGGAGUGUGACCCUGGGGCGGUGCUGGGACCAAGGCCCGCACUGGAGCGGUCGCCUGGAUGUGUCACUCGAGCUCAGCCUGGGGCUGGGCCUUCCUGAUGUUUCUACCUGCUUCCUGUGUUUACAGAUCUAAAUCCUCUGGGUCCUUGAGGACGCCGUGGCUGUGGGGUGUGGGGUAGGGCCAAGGCGCCUGUCUGCGAGGGCUGCAUGAUCUUCCCGCUCGCCCAUCUCCCAAGUACAUGUGCUCCUUCCACGUGUCACAUGGCAUCAUUGUGGUGUGCUGGUGACAGUCUGCUCCCCCAAGGCCUGAGCCAGCAUGCUGUGCCCAGCCUGUGGGGCCAUUCACCCAGGGACCCCAGGAACAACCAGUUUUUUCCUGACCUCCCAGCACGCACAUAGGGCCUCCUGUGGGUCCUGCCCAGGAGCUUGCAAGGCCCCCCGAGUGGAGGGUGGAAGGACAGCUGGCAGGCCGCGUCCUCUGGCUUCACCCACAGCCUCGGCAGCAGUUUCUUCCGUGGCCGGUUUCUGGUUGUGUGUAACAGCCUGGUCAACUCAUGCUCUUUUGGAGGAAGACUCAAUAAAGCAGUAGCACCCAGUAGAAA